UCAAAUCCAUUGUCUCUUUUGUUAUGUGGCUGUUGUAGUAUGAAGUAGGAGCUGAUUUCCUAGUUUUGCACUGGAGCUACUGUAGGAAGAACAGCGUCGAGGCUGAACAGGUACAUGCAGUAACACCAGCAACAGGUGAAGUCGCCUCUUGCAUACCUUUGCUCGGAAAAAACAACCACAGCAAUUCCUUCUAGAGGUAAUCCGGAAGUUGUCUCAGACAGAGCCUUCAUGUGAUUUUGUGUGGAGGUUUUCGGGGGUCUCAGUGAGGCUGCGGGACCAGCGGCGGCUCAAGCGUUUUGGACAUCUGGGAAGUCGCUGCUGCAUUCCUCACCAUGCCCUUCCACAAGAGACAGCCAAGUAUCGAACUGCUGGAAUUAAUGGGAGUGGUGAAAGAGAAUGGCAGCGAGCAGAUUUCACUUCCUCCUGUGAUCACGCCACUGUCGUAUGACUACGUCCUGGUCGCCAAAACAGUUGAUGACCACGAGAGAGAGGUGUUCAAGAAACGAAAGGAAUACAUAGAUGAGCUGAAGAAGAAAAACUUCAAAGUGACGAAAAUUACAGAUGAUGAUCUCGUUUUUUAUGGGAUUCAAGCGCCUAAAGAAAUAUUUGAGAAGUACAGGUACCUGCUCAAGGUGUCUGAUGCCUGCAACUGGAGUUCAGACCAGAACAUUGUGGCUCUCAGUACAAGAAUCAGAAUUGUCCACUUCAUCCUCAAUCACACCCAUAUCCGUUCAGGAGAGUGUCUGCGGGAUCUCCUGAAGGCGAAAGUGUUUGAAGCCAGGUUCUGUUUACACGAGAAAAAGAAACAGAGAGAGCUGAAGGAGAGCUGGGCGCGAUGGACAGCCUGUCUCCAAGGGCAACCCAUAACUGAUGUCAGGAACUACUUUGGGGAGAAGGUGGCAUUGUACUUCCUGUGGCUGGGCUGGUACACUUUUCUCCUCAUCCUGCCUGCUGUCAUUGGGGUAAUCGUCUUCCUCUACGGCCUCAACUUCUUCAGCACCUCACCGCUCAUAAAAGAGGUUUGUGAAUCAAACAUAGUCAUGUGUCCACUUUGUGACAAAUCUUGCAAAGUGUGGGAACUCUCAGAAACCUGCACAUAUGCCAAGAUAAGCCUGCUGUUCGACAAUAAUGGCACGGUGUUCUUUGCAAUGUUCAUGGCGAUAUGGGCAACGCUGUUUCUGGAGUUUUGGAAGAGACAUCGAGCCUCCUAUGUGUGCGAGUGGAAGGUGUCUGACUGGUGUGAGGAGGAGGAGGAACUGAUCUUGGAAAUCAUCAACGAUGCCGAGUGUGAGCCAAAAAAGUUCAAGCACUCCUAUCUGCACACCACCCUGGUUCUGAUCUGUGUCACGGCCAUGAUACUAGUGAUCAUUGGCUUGACACAUGCACUGGUGGUGUUCAGGGUGAUCGUUGCAGGCUUUUUGGCUAAGGAAUCAUGGGAGUUCAUGAGCAACCACUCCAACCUUGGGGCAAUGACGCUGGGGGCCGUCUUCCAUUACAUCAUCAUCACUGUCAUGACGCAGGUCAACAGGAUCGUAGCCAUGAAGCUCUGCGCUAUAGAGAAAACCAGAUCUUUCACCGCCACAGAGAAGAGUUUCACAGUGAAGAUGUUCACCUUCCAGUUUUUCACCUAUUUUUCCUCACUUUUCUACGUGGCCUUUAUUCUUGGCAGGAUAAAUGGCCAUCCCGGUGAUUAUGUACGAAUUGCAGGGAUUUGGAGGCUUGAGGAAUGUCACCCCAGCGGAUGUCUCACGGAUCUGUUUAUCCAAAUGACCAUAAUAAUGGUUUUAAAGCAAACCAUAAGCAACGUGUUCGAGUUCACCGGCCCCUGGUUCUGCAGGUUCUGGAAGAGGAAGAGAACCCAGAAACUACAGAGGAAGUGUGCCCACUGCUACCUGAAGGAUGAAGCCGACGUCAAAGAUGGCGCUGAACUCUGUGAGAACUGCAAGCUCCGCGACUGGCACAGCAACUACCGACUCAAUGAUGUCAACUCCUUCAGCCUGUUCAAUGAGUUUCUGGAGAUGGUGAUCCAGUUCAGCUUCACCACCAUAUUUGUGGCAGCCUUCCCUCUGGCUCCUCUGCUGGCCCUCAUCAAUAAUAUCAUCGAGAUUCGGCUGGAUGCCAUCAAGAUGGUGACUCUGGAGCGCAGAAUGGUCCCGAAGAAAACCAACGAUAUCGGUGUGUGGAUAGACAUACUGGAGGCUAUUGGUGUCUUAGCUGUCAUUGCAAACGGGCUGGUGAUCGGCGUGUCCUCGGACUUCAUCCCCCGACUGGUGUAUCAGUACCGCUAUGGCCCAUGUGCCAGCAGCAAUGCAACAGAUAUCGACUGCAUGGUCGGCUACAUCAACAACACGCUCUCAACGGCAUCAAUGCACGACAAAAAAAUUGGGUUCUUGCCGAACCAGAUGGUCACAUCUAGCGGCUUAAACGUCACCUCAUGCAGCUACAAAGACUACAGGGACAGUAACUACGAUUUAACCCCGCAGUUCUGGCUGAUUUUAGCUGUACGCUUCGCCUUUGUCAUCCUCUUUGAGCAUGUUGUCGUCAUAUGCAAAUUCAUUGCUGCCUGGUUCGUGCCGAGCGCGCCCAUGCAGGUGAAGAACGCUAAACUCUUUGAUAAGCUCAACAGACUAAAAGAGGAACUUCGGUCUUCUGAAGCAUGAUGGUCUUCAGACACCAUAGUGGGACUCAUGUUUCCCUGAAAACAUGAACCUAGUGUUGCCUUGCGUGUUUAUGUGUUUACAUCAUCACAGCACUGAGACAGCUUGAGGACGCCCAGUCAUCUCGGUGAAGAGGCCAGAGGAUGGAGGCUCCCGUUGAUCUUUCCCUGUCAGAUGUUAAAAGCCGGCUGUGUGGAUCUCAAUCAGUGGAUCUGAAUCCACCACAUGGACUUUGAAGACGGGAUAUUUCCUCCAGGGUGGGACGUGUGUGCAGUAACUGAUAUUACUGAGAUUGUUUGUAUUCUGUACUGAAAACGCGUAAACGAGAGCUUAGUGUAGGAUAUUCGUGAGCCAUAUUGGAGCAUUUUAUUGAAAGCUUAAAAGAAGUAUUUAUACUGCUACUGCAACUAGACUGCUGAUUGUGUUUUGCGAUCGCCGUACUCUGUAAAACAAAACAAAAAAAAGUGGUGACGCUUUUUUUGCUUUAUUUUAUGUAGAAUCUGAUGGUGUGUUUUGUAUCAGAAUAUUUUACAUGACAAUAUUUUAUAUUGCUGAAUAAAAGAGUAACAUUUUGUCCUCGUAGAUGAGGCAUCUUUUAAAUUUAAAAUGUGUCAGUCCUUGAAUUUGCCAGGUUACAAUUUUGAGAGUAGAGACUGUUUGUGAUAGCUAUACUUUCCUUACGUCUGCGUUGUACAAGCUGUCUUCUUGCUCUUCUGUUUUGCAGAUUUUGAAAGUGUUAUUGAGGAUUUUUUGUUUCAUAAUUGCAUAAAUGUCAUACGUGGUGUCUCUUUAAGUCUGAU